AUGGGAACUUCUGAAUGGACAUCUUUUCAUUCAAACCCAAUAGACUGCUUUUUUCAAGGUCUUGUGGGUGCAUGUGGAAUAUCAGUGCUGUGCAAUUUGAAGAGAGUUUACAACUUCAUUCAAACAUGCAGCGAUUCUGAGACUGAAACUGAAAGCAAACAGAGGUCAUUAUCGGCUGGAAAUCAUCUGAGAGGGAAAUGGAUAAGAGCCCUGCAGUUCUGUUUCCUGACGGCCCUCCUGUCUCUGGUGGGCUCGAGGGUUUCCUCUCUGAUAGUGCUGGAGUUUUCUCUCAGAGCUGUUUCUGCCUGGGCCUCAGCAGGACUGGAUGCCAAAGGAAGAGGCCUAGACCUGCUCCUGACUCAGUGCCAGUUUUCCCUGGGAUGCGGCCUCACCUGUACUCUCGACUUCCUCCAUCAGGGGGCUCCACACAGCUCCCUCAGCUUGUUUCUGGCAGCUGCUCUCAGCUGGGCACUGGCUAGUGUCAGCCACAGUGUGUGGAGCCAUGUGGCCAGACUCUUCCCGCUACAUAGUAGAGAGCGUGACUGUGGGCAGUGCAUAACCCUCCUGGCCUCCGGACACACCAUACUGGCUUCAGUACAAAGAGCGGUUGUCUUGGCCUUCGCUCUAGCAACUGUGGCUUCCACCGCCACGGUUUAUGACCACUUCCUGUCUCAGAAGGAUGCUCUGAAGUUUUGGACUCCAUUGACACUCUGCUACACCAUUUUGGUGGUCUACAGUCAAGAGGAUCAGCAGCGGCGGACUGGCACAAAGGCCCUGCUACACACCGCCGUGCUGCGACUGGGAGCCUUACUGGUGCUCAUGUUGACAGUGGGCAACUGGUCUGAUGUCUUCCAUGUCCUCAUCACUUUUCUGGGUGAAGCAGUCUGUCUGCUGCCCUCUCAGGACCUGCUGGAAGCUGAAUUAAAGGAAGAAGAAGACACAAGCUUGGGGAAACAUGAACAGAGCUCCAGUCACAAAAACAAAGGACUCACUCACAAUGGAAACAUCAUCAGAUGACAGUUCAUGGUGUACCGGAAAUCUACCUCAAAUACCAGACAAUACCUCAAAUGUCAAGAUGUGCUUAUACUUGAUUUGUAAUAAAAGGAUAAUUUUGGCCACGCUUGGGAUAAAUAGUGUACUUAACUGUUAUUGAGCCUUGUUUUGAACAG